GGGGAGGAGAGGGGAGCCGGGGAGGAGGUGAAGGGGGUGGGGCGUACACUGGCCCCCUCUAGGUUUGGAGUCACUUUCUAGGCAACGCUACCUCUGCAACUUGGGCCGCCCCCAGCCCGCAGAGGAGAAGAGGGAGCGGUGGGGUGGGGGAGACCAGGCCUCCGGGCCCCUGGCUCUUGCUCCUUCACUGUCGGGCCCUGGUCCCCCCAGCCGGUGACCUGCCUGCCCUCAGGCACUUCUGGGCAGAGAGAGCGAGAGCGAGCAGAGGAGGCGAACCCCCAGCAAGCCGAGGAGGCAGGCGCGUGGACCUCCGGAGUCGCCCCGCCGCCCCCGCCCCCUCCCCCAAAACGAGAAGGUAAAUACUUACUUAGCCCCAGCACCAGGUACAAUCUAAUACUCAACAAUACUGACGCCUUGUUUUUUUGCUCUGUCCGGACCACAAUGCUGUAGCCAAUUUAGAUAUGCUAUAAAUUUAAGAGGUUGCCAUGGCCACGGCGCGCUUAUUGGCCGUCGGGCGCACUACGUGCGUCGCCACGUCACCAAAUCUGAAUAAGGAUGCGCGAAUUAGUCAGCGGCCAGACAAAGAUGAGGAUGCGGACGGCAUGAAAGUGGAGAAAAGUAGCAGACACUCCGGCACCCGGGGAAACAGCUCGCGAGGUGGGGAGAGAGCCGCCGCCACCGCCACCGCUGCUGCGCACGGGGGGGACGCUUAGAGAUCCGGAGAGUGUGGGGCCCAGGUCUAGGGGAUGAGGCUGUGAAACGCCACCACCGUCCCCCCCCUCUCCCGGCCACCGAGAGCUUACCGCCCCCCGGUCCCCUCCAGCUUAAGGAUUGACUCUCUGGCGUUUUGGCUGCCCGAUCAUCCGGCCCGGGGUAGCGGCGCCCGGGACUCGCGGCCGCCCGGGAGCGGCGGGCGCAUCGGGCCGGGCCGGGCCGGGCCGAGGGACUCAAGCUCUUGGAGCGAGAACCGCGAACGCCUGGAUUCCCGGGCCGAGAGGGCAACUGGGGGGAGCGGCUGGCUUUCCCGGGCCCUAGGGUCAUGAUGGUGCAUUGUGCCGGCUGCGAGCGGCCCAUCCUGGACCGGUUUCUACUCAACGUCCUGGACCGCGCGUGGCACAUCAAGUGUGUUCAGUGUUGCGAGUGCAAAUGUAACCUCACCGAGAAGUGUUUCUCGCGGGAAGGGAAACUCUACUGCAAGAACGACUUCUUCAGGCGCUUUGGCACCAAAUGCGCUGGGUGUGCGCAAGGCAUCUCUCCCAGCGACCUGGUUCGGAAGGCCCGAAGCAAAGUAUUUCACCUCAACUGCUUCACCUGCAUGGUCUGCAACAAGCAACUGUCCACGGGCGAGGAACUCUAUAUUAUAGAUGAGAACAAAUUUGUUUGCAAAGAGGACUAUUUGAACUCGCCCAGUGUCAAGGAAGGCAGCCUCAACUCAGUGUCAUCCUGUACGGACCGAAGUUUGUCCCCAGACCUCCAAGACCCGCUCCAGGACGACCCCAAAGAGACCGACAACUCGACGUCUUCUGAUAAGGAAACCACAAACAACGAGAACGAGGAACAGAACUCUGGCACCAAGAGGCGGGGGCCGCGCACCACCAUCAAGGCCAAACAGCUGGAAACGCUGAAGGCGGCCUUCGCAGCCACCCCCAAGCCCACGCGCCACAUCCGCGAGCAGCUGGCCCAAGAGACGGGUCUCAACAUGCGGGUCAUCCAGGUCUGGUUCCAGAACCGGCGGUCCAAGGAGCGCAGGAUGAAGCAGCUGAGCGCUCUUGGUGCCCGGAGACAUGCUUUCUUCAGGAGUCCGAGGCGCAUGCGUCCACUCGGUGGCCGACUGGAUGAGUCAGAGAUGCUGGGGUCCACCCCCUACACUUACUACGGAGAUUACCAAGGAGACUAUUACGGCCCUGGAGGAAACUAUGACUUCUUCCCGCACGCCCCGCCAUCCCAGGCGCAGUCGCCCGCGGACUCCAGCUACUUACCGAACUCAGGGCCCGGCUCCACCCCGCUGGGGCCCCUGGAGCCGCCCCUCCCGGGGCACCACUCUUCAGAAAACCAAAGGUACACGGAUAUGAUCUCGCACCCGGACACGCCGAGCCCUGAGCCGGGCAUGACUGGCUCCCUGCACCCCAUCCCGGGCGAGGUCUUCACCGGGGGGCCCAGCCCGCCUUUCUCUAUGUCCAGUAACACCGGCUACAGCGGGCCACUGUCACAUCCCAACCAGGAGCUGAACGAGGCCGCCGUGUGGUAAAAGCUGCUGGGCCCUUUCCCAGCCCCUUCCCUGCCCAAUACACCCGGCUUAGGAACUGCACGGAGCACCCAGACCUCUCCCCAUCCCAGGCCCGGCGCCUCUGUGGAUCCAGAGUCCUCCACGGCACACACAUGCACACAUUUCUCACUCACACAGAAUCACAAUUUCUCUCUCUCACACACACACAUUA